ACGUUGCUUAAAAAUGUUUGAUAGGAAUUUCUGAUCUUUUCAAUCAAAUACAAAUGAACUAAGCGCGUAUAAUCUGAAUUUGAAUUCUCAUUUACAGUUAUUGCAUCAGUAGAAGCUAAGGAAAUAUGAGUGUAUUCCUGAGUAACCUGCAAAAAAGAGUAUUUUUUGACUCAGCUGUCCUGGUUCGAGAUGCUAAAUAUCUCAUGCAGUUACUUAGACUCGAUAAGUUUGAUGUUAGUGUUGUUUGUACCGGUGGCAAGCUGAUCAAGAGUCUUAAUCUGAGGUAUAGAAAGAGGAACGUGCAAACUGAUAUCCUUGCUUUUCCUUACUUUGAGAAUGUCAAACCUGGUAUCCUACCAAAACCCUCUAAUUCACAUGAAUAUAACAUUGGGGACAUUAUACUUGGGAUGCAUGUUAUUGAGAAUGAUUGCAAUGAACAAGAGAAAAGUAUGCAUGAAUACUUACCGGUGCUGAUUGCGCAUGGUUUAUGCCAUCUUUUGGGCUACACACAUGAUACCAAGGAUUCCCUCAUUCAGAUGCACAAAAAGGAAUCAGAGAUAUUAACUGCAUUUAAUGAGCUGACAGGCUACAGCACAGCACCUUUGACACCCUCUGCCGACCUGAUAGACAAGCCCGAUGGUGAAAGAUUCCUGGAAUACCAAUACAAACCACCAGUACCUGCUGGCUCUUCUAAUGCUCGUUAUGACAAAGUUUUACAAAGAUAUCUUGCAGAAAGUCAAAGGAAGAAUUCUCCUGAUAUGGAGUAAAACAGAAAUUAUUCAAACAGAAACUAACAUUCAUCUUGAAACAAAUGCAAUUCAGUUGGUGAUCCAGAAUAACUUCAAGGGAGGUGAUUGUUACCUAGAAAGUCAUCACAUAAAGUCCUCUUUAGGUCUUAUCUUAUCCUAUGUUAUCAAUUUUCAAUGGCCAAAGGAAGGUGACUAGUCAUCACCCACCAUUCCCCAUCCUCCUUGGAUCCUGCUGCAAUAA